AUGGACACUGCAGGAGCUGCUGUGAGACCUGUGAUUUCCUUCUCCCCAAACUGGAACCCAAUAUUCUCAGGAGAGUCUGUAACUCUGACCUGUAAUGUGACUCCUACUGCCCAAGGGAACCUGAGAUAUUCCUGGUACAGGGAAGGACACCAGAUACCUGGGGAUCAGCAGAGUCUUGCAGGGGUGAUUCACAGUGGGGAUUAUGAGUGUGAGGCCGAUGACAGUGAGAGAAGCGAGUAUGUUGGACUGGAAGUUAGUGCUGAUAUGCUCAUCCUGCAGGUGCCUCUUGCUGUUCAUAAAGGGGAUUUAUAUGAAGGGGACUCCCUGUCUCUCAGGUGUCACAGUUGGCCUGGAUAUAGAGCAAAGGAUCCAGUAUUUUACAAGGACUAUAAGAUCAUUGAGUCUCCAGUCAAGCUUUUCAGUCUCCCACAAAUAGAAGUGAGGCCAGAUCAGGAUAUAGAAGGAGAUCACAUGACCAUAACAUGUGACACAAAGCUCAGCCCACGCAGAGCAAAUACGGAGCUGCGUUUUGCUUUCUACAGAAAUGGGCACAAUGUGCAGGGAUUCAGUUUAUCCAACCAAUAUGGAGUCCCCUCAGCUCAGCUGGAGGAUUCUGGGAAUUAUACCUGUGAUGUACAAACUCUAACCGGCAGUGUGAGGAAGAGGAGCAAUGUGACACAUAUCCAGAUACAGGAACUGUUCUCUUGGCCACAAAUUAAACAGUCAGAAUAUCCAGUGAAUCGAGGAGAAAACAUGACGAUAACAUGUGACACAGAUCUCAGCCCACACAGAGAGACUACAGAGCUACAGUUUGCUUUCUACAGAAAUGGGCACAAUGUGCAGGGAUUCAGUUCAUCCAACCAAUAUGGAGUCCCCUCAGCUCAGCUGGAGGAUUCUGGGAAUUAUACCUGUGAGGUACAAACUCCAACCGGCAGUGUGAGGAAGAGGAGCAACAUGUUCACUAUCCAGAAAGAAGGAUCUCUGCAAAAUACAGUGAGAUUGGCAUUGUCUGCAGUUAUCUUCAUCAUUAUAUUAUUAAUUGUCUUCUACCACAUAAAGACGAUGGAAGUAACAUAUUCCCAGGAGACAAAAAAGAAUGAAAGAGAGAUCAGAAAUGAGGGAGAAUGUACCAUGAAGAUGCUCCUCAUCAAAUCUCUUAAAAUAGAACCUGGAAUAUUCUUAUAG